AUGGAUGCCGCAAACUUUGCCGUGAGCAAAUUCGAUGAAAGGGAACUCCCUGAAGGUUUCAGAAUCGAAGCCAGCAAGACUCAACAAGAUGCCUGUAAAAUGUUCAUCGGCAGACUCUCCCGUGAUACGAGUAAGCGAGUGCUGAUCAAAUACUUAUCUCAGUUUGGCGAGAUCAUAGAUUUUGUGAUUAAAACUGAUCCAGACACUGGACUAUCCAGGGGUUUUGGUUUUGUGCUUUUCCAAGAUAGUGCCACUGUUGAAAAGGUGCUCCAAGUGAAAGAGCACCUAUUGGAUGGCAAGAAAAUAGAGCUUAAGAGAGCUAAAGCCAUGGAACCUCAAUCACCCCCAAAAAAGGUUUUCGUGGGUGGGUUGAACCCUCGCAUGCCUGAAGAAAAAAUUAGAGAAUAUUUCGGCACAUUUGGAGAGAUCGUGAAUAUUGAGCUUCCAAUGUGCCCAAGGAAAAACCGAAGACGAGCUUUUGGCUUUAUCACAUAUACCGAUGAAAUCCCAGUGAGGAAGCUGUUAGAAACCAGAUUCCAUCUCAUUGGCUCCAGCCGGUGUGAAGUUAAGAUGGCACUUCCCAGAGAGCGUCCCCGGCCCCAGCGAAAGGUGGGAAGAAAUACUCCCAGCUCUGGGUUAGGCAACCGUUGGAGAAGACGUGGUGGCUUCCAAGCCAACCCCAAUGCUCACAGAGCAAACCUAGGUGCUCGCAGGGCAAACCAAAAUGUUUUCCGAGCAAACCAGAAUACAAACUACAAUGUUUUCGGAGCAAACCAGAAUGUUUUUGGAGUAAAUCAAAAUGGUUUUGGGGUGACCCAAAAUAUUUUUGGAGUAAACCGAAAUAUUUGGGGCGUGCCUGGCAGUGGAAGAAGCUUUCCUUCGGUGCUUGUUCCUGUUCCUUUCACUGUCUACACAGAAGGAUUUAAUUUCCCUUAUGGUAAUUUCCAUAAUGUGUACAAUAAUCAACCUAGUUUUCAUGGUUAUGGUGGAGAUUGUGUUUUUUGGCUACAACUAUGGAACUUAUGGAUUAGGACAUGCAUUCACUAA